CUGACGGGAAGCGUCUCACAUCCGGCGGACGCAACGGUAUGAUGCGCAUCUGGGACAUCGAGAACGGGCACGAGACCCGAGUUGGUGGGAAGUCUGUCAUAAUGUGCAAACGCGCUGUUUGGAGCGUUCGGUACUCCCCUGAUGGAAAGUUCAUUGCCACUGCUGGAGAUCACAGGCUCAAAUUACGGAAUUCCCGCAACCACGAGCUUGUAGAUAAAGUUCAGAAUUGUUUCCUAGACAAGUCGAUCUCCUGGGCGCCAAACGGGAAGAGUCUCGCGACCAGCUCGUGCGAAGGCAAGAUUUGUGUCCGCGAUGUCAACAAGCUCAAGCUACCGGUCCAUCCGUGACCGAAGCGCAUAGUUCUUCCGGUGCACCUAGUGCGGUAUACUCUCCCGAUGGACAAUUUAUUGCUGGACUAUUCUAGAAUUGCGCCAUGCGUGUACGGGCGCGGAAACUGGGAAGCCAGCGAGGAGCCCGUUUAGAGGAUAUGCUGUUCGCGAAAUCGCGAGCAUUUGUAUAGGCAUUACAAGGUCACCAGGUAGUUCAAGGCUCAAGCGCUCAUUAUCGGCGGUGCUAUCUAUGUUUGGGACCUCGUCAAAGGACAAAGUUCAGUGAUCCAUUGUAUGGGCAUACGCGGGCGGUCAGUAGCGCAAUUUCUCACUCACCGGGCGGCAAGCGCUUUGUUUCCACAGAUGGCCAUUAAUUGAGAUCUCGAGUUCAGAUUUGGAACGCAGAGACGGGAGAAACAUCGGUUCCAAUGCGCACUACGAGAUGAGAAUUCGCAGAAACGAAUUUCAUCGACAGCGCAUAGUACUUUUGGGCACUGGAAAAGAUGUGGGCUUCAAGCACGGUUAUUGCCGCUAUCAGAGCU